UAGAGACAACGAUUCGGAGUUAACUCGUUGUUUGGCACAAAUUUUACUUAAAUUACAAUGGGAAAACGUCGUACGCAGUCUCUAAUCGACUCAAAUUCGAGCGAUAGUGAUAGCGACGCGGACACCAACUUGGAAUCGGAUUUGUUGUCGCUGGCCAGAAAGAGAAAGAAGCCAAGCAAUGCCACCAAAGCCCCGAACUCAAAGUCCGAUUCAGAUUCGGACUGGGCAAACAAUAAAUCAAGUGCGCCAGCCUCAAAAAAGAAGCGUCCAAAGAAGACAAACAGAGAUUCGAGCUCUUCCGAGGAGAAUUGGGAUGACGACAGUCAGGAUGAGGUCGCAGCGCCCGUGGAGAAGCGCGCUGAGCCCGAACACAAGAAGCCAGACAUUCAAAGUGAACAGGAGGAGGGCGAGGUGUCCGACAGCGAUUCAGACAAUGAGAAAUCCAAGUCUAAAUCAUCAUCGACGUCUGGCUCUCCCUCUGGAUCGGAUUCAUCUAGCUCGUCAUCGUCUAGUUCCGAUUCAGAGUUUGAUGAUGGCUACGAUGACGAUUUGAUGGGCGACGAAGAGGACCGCAAACGGUUGAAUGGACUGUCCGAAAAGGAGCGCGAAACAGAGAUCUUCAAGCGGAUUGAACAGCGCGACAUUAUGCGCACCCGAUGGGAGAUUGAGCGGAAGCUCAAACUCGCCCGUCGUGGCGAAAAGAACGAGAAGUCAAAGACAAAGGGAGAGCGUGCCAAAAAGAAGUCCAAAAAGGACAAACGCAGCAAAAAAUCAAAGGACUUGGCACCACCCGUGCCGGCAGCAACCACAGCUGACAUAGAUACCAGCAAGAGCGGUGCGCCAGAGGCGCGCGCUUCGGCCAAGAGCCCCUCGCCCAUACCAUCGAUACGCGAGGGUCCAUCGACGUCUGGCACUGGCUCCAGUACAACCAGCAGCAGCGCCGAGAAAAACGCUGAAGAGCAGAGUUCGGGCAACGUGGCCGAUUACUUUGAUCACAAGGAGCGCUCCAAGGAGCGAAAGAAGAACGUCGAGGCAAAUAAAACCGAUGACAAGCGCAGUAACGCCAUGGCCAUGCUCAAAGCCAAGCGUGAAGGCAAAGCCAAGCGAGAGGAGGAGGAAGCCAAGCGACAAGCAGAACGCGACAGAGAUGAUGACAAAGAGGAACUGGAGAGCGUCUCUGGCUGUAAAUCGGCGGUAAAGCUGAAAGCCUCGGAGAUCUACUCAGACGAUUCGGGCAGCAGCGAUUGGGAUGACGAAGAGAAGCCGGCAGGCAAACGUUCACGUUCGAACAGCAGCAAGGCGUCUAGCGAAUCCGAGGACGACGAGAAGGCCACAAAGAGCCCCGUGUUUAUAACCACCCGCGAGGAUCUAAACAAGCUGCGGCUAUCCCGCUUCAAAAUGGAGCGCUUCGUCAAUCUGCCCAUAUUUGAGAGCACCGUAGUCAACUGCUUUGUGCGCAUCAGCAUUGGCAACAAUGGCCAGAAGCCCGUGUAUCGGGUGGCCGAGAUCGUGGGCGUUGUGGAGACCGGCAAAAUAUACACACUUGGCACGACACGCACCAAUCGGGGAUUGCGUCUCAAGCACGGCACACAGGAGCGCGUUUUUCGGCUGGAGUUUAUAUCUAAUCAGGAGUUCACUGAAACCGAGUUUAACAAAUGGGUUGAGAUCUGUCAGCAGCAGCACGUGCCCAUGCCAACAAUUGAUUUGAUUGAGAUCAAGGCGAACGAUAUUAAGAAGGCCCUGAAUUACGAGUUUAAGGACGAGGACGUAGACAAGAUUGUUGAGGAGAAGAAUCGCUUCCGCAAUCGCCCCACCAACUAUGCCAUGAAAAAGACCUGCCUCAUGAAGGAGCGUGAUGCGGCUAUGCUUCGUGGCGACUACGAUAUUGCCAACGAUCUGGGCCAGCAAAUCGAUCAGCUAGAGAGUCGUGCCUCCGAGCUAGACAAGCGACGUUCCCACAGUCUCAAUUUGAUUUCCUACAUAAAUGACCGCAAUCGUAAGCGCAACGUGCAGGACGCUGAGAAGGCCAUCAUGGAGGAGGCGCGAGCCAACAAAGGCAUGAAGAUAUCAGAUCCAUUUACGCGCCGCAUUACACAGCCUCGCAUGGGCUUCAAGGGCACCAAAAAGGAUGAGGAUGAGUCGCUGGCAGUCCCGUUGCCACCGCCACCGCCAGGCAAAAAGAAGCCCAAUGAAACAAGCACUUCCAACGCGAAGCCAGCCGAUGGCAAGGACUACAGCUUGUACUCACUGCACGACUUUGACAUAGACCUAGACGUACCGCUGCCAGUGAACAGCGCCAAUGCGCUGCCAAAGCCAGCGAAUAAACCAACCGAGACGGUGUCCAAGCGUUCACUGAACCUGGAAGAUUACAAAAAGAAGCGCGGCCUCAUCUAGCUGCAGCGUUCAAUUAACAAUGUUCUUUACUUAGGUUAGUGUGGUGUUACGAGUAAUUAAACGUAAUCGAUUAUUAUGACGACAAAGGAGGAAAGUUUGUAAACGCUCCAACCUGGCUCCAUCACCUAUAGGCAUAGUUUACAAAUUGUAUUGUAUGUUUACGAAUAUAUCGCUAUGUACUGAUAUAGAGACCAUAUUUAUUUUUCAUUCAGGGGUGUCAUAAGAAAUCCCCAUUCGGACGAAAUAACCAAGACUUUCGCACAGAAGACAAAUGCGUUUGCAUUCCAAUGUCCCGUCCCAAGGGAGUUUUCUCUGAUACUUCUGUCUCUGUUCCUCGGAUCUAUGUUAAUUUAUAAUAAUUGCCACUGGUUUAUAUAUAUAUAUAUAUAUAUACAUAUAAUUGAUGAACAACAAUUAGCAAAAAUUAUACAAACUAAACUCAUUUACCAGCUAUUUUAUAUUAUUAUAAUUACGUAUAGUCAUAGGAUCGCGUGUCCUUUGUAUUUUUUAUAAGCGAUAAGUUUUUAACUGUAUUAGUUGCUAUAUAAUCCAAUAGUCAAUGUUUUUAUAAAUUUACAAUUGUAUUUGUUAUUUCCCACAAUAUACAUACAUAUAAGUGUACCUACAACCAAGCAUGCACACGUUCAUCAACAACUAAUAUUAAAUACAUCGGUUGUAAGCAUUCAGCGCUGUAUUAACUUUAAAUGAAAUCAGUUAUUGUAGUCAGGUUUACAAAUAAAUACGUACCAUACUCAAUGAUCGCCAACAACA